CUUGGCUCCGCAUCCCACCAACCACCCCCCGGCCGCCGCACGCGCAGCCGCGAUCCACGCACGUUUUUCGCACACCCCGACCGGCCGCCUGUGCGUCUCCUUGGUUCAAGGUAGACCCCUCCAACGCACACGCACGCACUCGGCACGCCCACCCCCUCAGGCCUCAGCCAUGGCCCCCGACCUGUCCAAAGAAGGGCUACACAAGGCCGCGUCCUGGAUCCGUGACAGCCUGGAUCCGCGCAUCGCCCGCGGGGGCCCGGACGUCAUUUCCUCGGACGAGGUCCUCGCCCUGCACGAGCUGUUCGUCGGGCUGCGUGCCGUCGACCUGCACGUCUCCGUCCUGCGCUACUCCCGCAUCCAUGCCGCUAUCCUCGAGGUUGCUGGCCGUGCUACCCGCUGGCCGAGCCGCCUCGUCGAGGAGUGUGAUAGGGUCAUCGAUCUUUGGGAGUCAAAGUAUGGAAAACUCAGUGAUGUGCGGCCCAGGCUUUUUGCCCCGGAUGGCCGUUUGCACGGCGCUUGCACGGGCAAGGAACUGACCAGAGAUGCCCUUUUGAGGUACUGGCAAGAGCAUGAUCCGGCUGUCAUGGACGAGAGCAGACCACGCCAACAUGGCGACCUUGGCUUCCGCCCUGGAGAUUGGUGGAUAAAUGGCAUGUUUGCUUUCCAUGCCGGAAUCAUUGACCUGAAGUCCACCGAUGGCGGCAUCGUUGCCGACAAGUAUUGUGCCUAUGCGCUCGUUCUGAAAGACACCGAUGAGGUAUACAGCGAGACGCCCGACAAAUUCCAAUAUCGAUGUAGACCGGGUGAUCGGGGUCGAUAUCGAAUGACCUCAGCCGACUUUAAGUCGCGGUACCCAAUUCGCGUCCUAAGAUCCCAUAACCUCGCAUCCCUUUGGGCGCCAAGGAGUGGGAUACGAUACGAGGGCUUAUACAAAGUAACAGGCUGGACGGUCAGACCGGCCUCUGCUGCCGAGAACAAAGGAGAGAGCAUCGUGUGGCUCAUCAAUCUUGAGCGCGACACGGAGUCACACACCGAUGAUGAAUGGACCGCAGUCUUGAACCACCCGUCUGCAGAAGAGACGGACGACUACGUGGAAUACAAGCGAAUCAGGAAGGAAGUCCGGGACGGCCUGAGAGACGACCUCACCCAGAACAUCCCCCCUACUCCCGAGCCGGAGAGUCCUCUCGAAGUCGACUUGAUGCUGUCGCCCAUGUCGGAGGCUCCCAACUUCUGGGACGGCAGACAGAGUCCACCGAAGCCGACCAUGCCGCCCAUGCCGCCCAUGCCACCAAUGCCGGCCAUACUAACCCCAGAGCAGUCCCCACCGCCCUUACUGCCCAACAAACCGCCAUUUGUGUUUACUCCCCCGAGGGAUAUAACAGCAAGCCCUGCGUCUCGGCCCAACAAGUUAGAAGAAGCCGUGAUGCAACAAUCACGGACAAUGGCCGUCGCCAAGGCGCUUCGGAAGACGAUGGGCGAACCAAGAGCAAGAAAAUCCGACACAAUGGGGGUAAGAAAAUCAAGAAGCGGUAGCCAGGCGGAUUUGAAAGGAUUUUCAAUCUCUCGCCAUGGAUCUUUGCGGAGUAGACUUACCAAGCCGGUGGCGAAGAUGUUGGACGGCCAGUUUGACCGCGACCAGACCGACUCUCCGCCCAGUGACGAGGGUCAGGAAGAAGAACUUCCAUCUCCUUCCAACGAUUCUCAGCUGAACGAGCUCGACACGUUGCUUGAAGCACAUCUCGACUCGCUUCUGAAACAAGACAAGCCGCGAUUAGAUUUUCGGGCAUCAAAAUGGGAGCGGCGACGCGGAAAAGAUGCACGAAGCCUCGAGAUGACGAAACUCCCGAUCGACACGCUGCGCGACCGCGUGCAUUUCGAGACGCUCGAGCGGCAAGAAGACACGGAGGCACGCCAACGUCUCGAAGCCCUGAAAGAGGUGUGGGCCGACUGCGCCUCCCCCGGCUACCCCGACAUGGUGCUCGAAGGCGUGAACCUGGACAGCCUGCCGCCCCCGCGCUCGAGCAGCGGCUUCCUCUCGCUGUCGUCGGUGAAGUCAUCAGUGAAGUCAGUGAGGACGGAGGCUAUGGGUCCUCCCCCGCGAAAGUCGCCAGAGCCGACGGCAGUGCGGCGCAACGCACCGUCGCACUCCAGGAGCAAGUCGGCUUCGGCGUCCGAGUCGGUCAAGUUGGCCGAUUUCACCCCGCCGGAUCGCAAGCGCUCGAGCGUUGCGAGCCGGCUUAGUGCGAGCAGCAUUUCUGAUAUUCUUGGAGUUGAGGGCUCGGGCAAGGCGAAGAGACCUGGCGUUACUCGGGCGUUUUCGGCGUUGUUGAAACAUCAGACGUAGGGGAAGGAGGAGUUGGUUGGUGGUCUUCUUGGCGUCAUGACUGUAUAGAUGUAAAGGACAGUGUUAUUGUUACGACUUGUUGGCUGCUUUCGAC